AUGGGUAGCAAACUUUCACCCCUUCUGGCGAACGUCUUCAUGAGCGACUUUGAGGUAGAUGCUGAAAAGCAAAAGUUUUUCCCUCGAGUCUGGCGGCGCUAUGGUGAUGAUAUCUUCGCACCGGUGAAGGAACGCUACCUAGAGCAGACACUGAACAUGCUGAACUCCCGCCACAGCUCAAUUAAGUUCACAGUAGAAAGAGAAGUGGAUGGAAAAUUGCCCUUUCUAGAUUUGAUGGUCACCAGAAAGGAGGACGACACGUUGAAAUUCGGUAUUUACCGAAAACCGACAUCCACUGAUCGAUACAUCACCUCGGACUCCAAUCACUUCGGCGCUCAAAAGCAAGCCGCCUUCCACUCUAUGGCACACCGUCUCUAUAAUGUACCUAUGGAGGAAGAAGAGUUCGCUGAAGAAAAGGAACGUAUCUACAAGGCGGCGGAAAACAUAACCACACUACAGCCGGAGAGGGAUGAAGCUAAGAGGAUUAGCCUGCCAUUUUAUCCAAAAGUCACAAACCCAAUCAAAAACACACUCAAACGUCAAGGACUACACAUAGUACACAAAAGCGACAACACUCUACGCGACCUGUUGUGUAACCUUAAGGACAAGAUUCCGGCGGAUGAGCAGUCUGGAAUUUACCGAAUUCCCUGCCAGGAUUGUCCCUCGGUGUACAUCGGACAAACUCGUCGCAAAGUAAAAGUUCGCCUUAAAGAACACAAAAAUGCUGUCGACAACAAUAAAUCAAACGAUUCAGCUGUGGCGGCGCACACGACGGCCUCCAAUCAUCAAAUUGAUUGGAAAAGUGUGAAGCUCAUCAAAACAGUACGAAAACCCUCACACCUCAAUGCAUGGGAAUCAAUGCAUAUCAACAACACACAAGAACCACUGAUGAAUGAAGAUGAUCCUCCCAUCACAUCAUCUUUGUUCAACUUGACGAAGCUGAAAAUACAGUAA